AAGUUGAACAACAUUUUGCUCCGGAGAAUGAAACCCAUGUUGUCAAUUAAAAAUAGUUACGUUAGUAGCUCUUGUAACAAAUGUCCUCACACUUUAGAUUGGAUAAACAAUGGUUAUGUAUGCUAUGGUACUAAUAAUGGUCUAGCUUAUUAUCAACCUUUUGAAUUAACUGGUGAUUUAAAAACUGUGGCAGCCCAUAAUGGUACUGUUAAUUGUGUUCGUUGGGUAAAGACUGGAUGUAAAGGUGAACCAGAUACACUAGUUGCGGCAUCUUCAGAUAAAACUGCUUCUGUUUGGAAGCUAACAGACAAUACAUUAACAAACGUCGGCAGGCUUAUAGGUCAUACAUCUCCCGUUAAUAUUUGUGUUGGAGCUUUUGAUCCAGCAAUUGGUCUGAUAAUAGCAACUGGUUCAGCCGAUUCAACUAUAAAAAUAUGGACCAAAACUGAUGAAAUGAAUGAUAACUAUGAGUGUAUUGAAACUAUAUCUCUUGGAAAUGGUUUUGCCUUGUCUAUGGAUUAUUUCUUCCUUCCAGAAACAGAAUGUUUAUGUCUUGCUUGCGGUUGUGAUGAUUUUAAAAUACAUUUGUAUUACCAAUCAGACAAUAAAUUUAAAUUACUUUCGAGCUUAGUUGGUCAUGAAGACUGGGUCAGAUCUAUUGAUUCGACACAGGACGGCAAAAAAUGGAGAUAUAUUGCUAGUAUCUGGAAGUCAGGAUUGUUUUUCGAAUCAGUUUUGCUAGGCCACGAAAAUUGGAUUUAUUCUACAAAAUGGUUUUAUCUAAAUGAAUCAAAGCUUUCCAUAGUAUCGGCUUCAAUGGAUAAAACUCUAGUUAUUUGGCAGCAAGGAGAAUCUGAUGAACUUUGGGUUGAGAAAUCUCGUCUAGGUGAUGUUGGAGGAAAUACUUUAGGAUUUUAUGACUGUAAACCAGCCCCGGAUGGUUCAGCACUGCUAGCUUAUAGCUUUCAUGGAGCUUUUCACAUGUGGCUUUAUGAUGAAGGUCUUGGAACCUGGAAAACAGGACUGACUGUCGGUGGCCAUUUCGAGGAGGUUCAAGAUAUAGCAUGGGAACCAAAAUUCGGUGCAUUCUUAUUAUCGGUUAGUUCGGAUCAAACUACUCGUUUACAUGCAAAAUGGAAAAAAGCUGACAAGACAUCAUGGUAUGAGAUGGGUAGACCUCAAGUUCACGGCUAUGAUAUGAAAUGUAUAGCACCCGUAAAUUCUUUGACGUUUGCGUCAGGCGCAGACGAAAAAGUUAUAAGAGCUUUCAGGCCGGCAAAAAAUUUUCUUAGAAAUUUCAAUAAAUUAACGGGUACAGCAUUCUUUACAGAGGAUGAUAUAAAAGAACAGCCAGAAGGAGCAUCAAUACCUGCUUUAGGUUUAUCAAAUAAGUCAGUUUAUGAAACCGAAAAGGCAGAAAAAGUUGAAACGCAAAAUUUAGAAAAUUAUUUCUCUCCUAUUCACCUUGAAGAGCCGCCAACUGAAGAGAAUCUUGUUCAAAACACCUUAUGGCCAGAAAUAGUAAAGUUAUACGGACACGGUUAUGAAAUUUUUGCACUUGCAGCUCGUAAUGAUGGAGGAAUUUUAGCGUCAAGUUGCAAGGCAGCCAAAGCUGAACAUGCUUCGGUUAUCUUAUGGAAUACUUCAAAUUGGGAAAUUUUUCAAAAAUUAAGCUAUCACAAUUUAACUGUCACUGACAUAUCUUUCUCUCAUGACGGUCAACAUAUACUGUUAGUGUCUAGAGAUAGAACAUGGAGUUUAUUCUCAAAUAUCGAAGGAAAAUACGAACUGACAUCAUUUACUGAUAAAAAGACAGCUAUUCAUUCAAGAAUUAUAUGGUGUUGCGCGUGGUCUCACGAUGAUGCAUUUUUCAUAACUGGUUCUCGUGAUAAAAAAGCAAUUGUUUGGAGCAAAAGCGAAAAUUCAGAUAAAUUUAUUGCCUGUGAUAUAACUUUGCAAUUGUCAGAUUCAAUUACCGCUAUUGAUUUAGCACCUAAAUUAGUCAAUGACGAAUAUGUGGCAUUGUUCGGAUUGGAUAAUGGUGAAAUGCUAUUAUACACAUUCACAAAGGUUUCAUCAUGGACAUUAAAGUUCUCCCUCAGUAGAAGUUUUGGCCAUCAAAAUACAGUUAAACGAAUUCGAUUCAAGCCUACCUACGACAAAGACAAAGACCCUCUAACAGUUGCUUCCUGUUCGGUAGACCACAGCGUAAAAAUAUAUGAGAUUAUGAGUGUUCAGUAG